UUAGGAAGAACCCUGUUUCAGAUAAAGUCUGUCACAUAUACCUGCUGAGAUAAGCUCACUCGAUGUUGAAGUAAAAAGAGAAUGACUAUCAAAGGAAAGGACUACAAAAAGUUCAGGGAUGAAUUUCCCACAAAAAUUCAAGACUGAUGAUCUAAUAAAUAAAUUGAGACUCCGUAAAGUUCUCGAGGACAGUUUUAACCCAAUCAAUCAUGAACAGAACUCAUUUGAUAGUAUCAGUGAAAGUUUGGCACUUCAACAGAACUCUAAGAAUCUGGUAGAUCAGCAAGAGACUUUACUCAAUAAUAUUGAUUCAGGAGCCCUUAACCAACGAAGUUCAAUCAAUGAAAGCUCAGAGUUCAAAUAAAUCGAAUAAAGAAGAAAGCAAAUGAUGGGAUCGCCCAGGUCCUAAUGUCGACUUUAUCAGAAGCGAAGAUCAAUGGAAUUCUGAACAACAAGAGAAUUAUUUUUCAAGUACAAUCCAGCGUGAUAAAAACCUGAAUAUUCUAAGGCAUAACGAGGCUGCAUGGAAAUCACGAACAGAAAAUAAUCAUUCCUCUUUGUCAAACCAUCCAAACUACGGUGGUUUUUCGUUACAAAGCCAUAGUAAUAACAUUCCGAAGAGUACGCUCGUCCACAAAUCAAUUCUGGAAGAAAACAAGAGCCAGGAUGACCAUGAAGACAUUCUAAAUAACAGAUUGAUCGAUGAGCUGAUGCAGGACCCUAUAGAAGUAUUUGAGUUCUCUGUUUCAGAGCCUCAAAAUGCAGUGGUAUCUCCUAAAUUUCUCCAUCCGCCUUCCAAAUCUCUAAAUUAGUUAAACUAGUGUAAUAAAAAUCUUAAAUUUCUGGUCUUUCA